AUGGAACAAUAUGAAAAACAACAAAGAGCCAGAAGACAAGGCUUAGAAUUACCAGAAACAUUACCACCAAAAUAUCCAUAUUAUGAAGAAUAUUUACCAACAAUAAAUGAACCACGAGAAAUAAAACAAAUAGCAAAUAGAUGGCUACUAGACGAAAACUUCAGAUGA